ACUUAUUAAAUUCGUUCAACUUUAUUAAACAACCGCAUUACAAUGUGUUAAAUUGUCUUUCUUGUCUUAAUUAUUUUCAUUAACAUCUUUAAUACACUUUGACAAGAUUUAAUUAUUUUCCCACCAAUAUUUGAAUAUUUUUAUCCUCUCAAAAACGCAAAAAUCCAUACAUCUCCCGUCUUUUUUGCGCUCAUGGUACUACAAUUUUUCAUAACCCAAAAAAAGUAAAAAAUAAAAAACUUUCUUUCAACACAAAUUAAGGCACCAAAAAUAUGACAACUUCAGCUAAAAGCACAAGCUUUGAUUAUGUAAAAUCUCAACUUUUCCAUUCAAGAAAGAAAAAUAUUGAAGUUGUGAGUAAUUUUUCUCCUAGUGUAAAUGGGUUCAAUAAGAAUUGUUUUGAUGGCUCGAAAUCGUUUCGAUUGUACAACAGGAUUCAUCCGAAUAUAGAUGUCGUGGUAAAUGGAAAAAAGAUCAAUGGUAGUGCUAGUGUUGGUGAAACAUCAUACGUUGGGUUGAAGAAAUGUGAAGUGAUAAAGUAUAAAGAGGAGGAUUUAGCACAAACAUGUAUGUUGGGAAAAUUUGUGGAAGGAAGGUUUGUUUAUAAGCAAACUUUUAUAAUUAGAUCUUAUGAAAUUGGUCCAGAUAAGACUGCUACUAUGGAAACAUUGAUGAAUUUGUUACAGGAAACAGCUUUAAAUCAUGUAACAAGCUCUGGACUAGCUGGAAACGGGUUUGGUGCAACACGAGAGAUGAGUCUUAGGAAACUCAUUUGGGUUGUGACCCGUGUACAUGUCCAAGUUAACAAAUAUAGCUCAUGGGGAGAUGUAGUUGAAAUCGAUACAUGGGUUGAUGCAGCAGGCAAAAAUGGAAUGCGUAGAGAUUGGAUUAUUCGAGACUAUAGAACUCAAAAUGUCAUAACUCGAGCAACAAGUACAUGGGUGACCAUGAACAGAGAAACAAGGAGAUUAUCAAAAAUCCCAGAUGAAGUUCGACAGGAAGUCGAACCCUUUUAUUUAAAUCGAUAUGUAUUUGCAAAUGGAGAUGAUGAUCCUGAUAAAAUCAACAAACUCACUGAUGACACAGCUGAUAUUAUUCAAUCUGGCUUAGCUCCUAGAUGGAACGAUAUGGAUGCUAACCAGCACGUAAACAACGUCAAGUACAUUGGCUGGAUUUUGGAGAGUGUACCAUUGAAUGUGUUGCAAGAUUACGACAUGACAAGCAUGACACUAGAAUAUCGACGUGAAUGUAGGCAAGCCAACGUACUUGAAUCCUUGACUACCAUGAAAAAUGCUGAUCCUUUAACUACCAUUACCAAAGAUAUUGAAAGCACUCAUCUUCUUCGUAUGCAAGAUGAUAGAGCUGAGAUCGUUCGAGCUAGAACAAAAUGGCUUCCCAAAAAUAUGAUAGAUCAACAACCUUGAAAUUUAAAUUUGAUUACAAUGAAGAUGCAUUCUAUUUCUUAUUAUUUUAAUUGGUUUCCCUUGGAUUUUAGAUUAGGUUAUUUGUAUGAACGGAUCCAUGAUCAUAGUAAGGAGACAGAUUUUAAACAAUUCAAACACUAUUAUGUUAACUUCAAUUCAUCUGUAAUAUAAUGUUUUUUGUGAUAGUAUUGAGAAGAGUCCUUAAAUAUAUCAUAAAACAGCAUGAUUUUAAGCUA